AUGUUGCCUGCAUUCCCGAAAAGGCCAAGCAGAGGCCCUGAAAAGCCCAAAAGGUGGGGAGCGGAAGAGAGCUGAAAACGGCAAAUGCUCCAGGCCUCCCGCACCCAACGACGGCGAGUGGUCGCCGGCCGCCAGGUGCUACUGCCGCCGCCGUCGUGCUCUGCUCGCGAAUCACUAGAAGCCCCCCCUCCUCCUCUCCCGAGUUCUGAGUGCCCCACCCGAACCCUAGAAAACCCCCCCGGCCGCUUCCAGCGACGAGGAGCGGCGGCGGCAGCGUAGGAGGAGGAGUUCGCCGGGAUCCCUGUGGCAGGUUGGGACGAUUUUAUGAAGUAUGGGCUGUUCCAAGGCAGAGGCUCAGGAAGACUCUGAAAGCAAUCAAUAUAACGAAGAGCGCUCCCUAUGCUUACACUCAUUUUCUGAUCUGUCACAUGUUUCUGCAGCUACUUUUAUGUGCCUUUUGAAGGAUUGCUACCUAUAUGGAACUGGAAAAGCAACCCCAAAGUUCAAGAUCCUUCAGCAGCAGGUGAAAAGGGCAUUACAUAAUGCUCCUCAGCCAGGCCCAUUCACUUAUGUUGUUCAAUGCAUGUAUAUUGUACCAUUGCUGGGGAAAACCUAUGCUGAAGGCUUCAGCCAUAUGUUGAUCUCUUCCCUGAGGCAUUUGAAAUCUGUGGAGUCUGUACGAAAAGAUUUCUUAGAUGCAAAGUAUCUUGCUGCUCAACUUAUUCUUGAUAUCCUUGCUUCUAUUGUGCCCCAUGAGGAACGUAUACUGGUAAAGCUUCUUGAGGCAUUUGAUAUUGAGUUGAGAGAUAUGGCCCAUGCCUUGUAUGGUACAGAGUUGGGUGAUGAAGAUCUAGUGAAGGCAAGAGAACAUCUCAAACAAUAUGUACAGUGCUUAAUGAAAUCAGAAUCCUAUGUGACUGCAGUGAACUUGAUUACACGAUUUUCUAUCCAAUGUUGUGAUGAGUCCUUUCUCACAAAACUGAUGGAAAACAAUCACUUUGAGGCAGCAGAGAAGUGGGCAGUUUUCAUGGGAAAGGAAAUGAUAUGUUUGAUCAUCCAAAAGUAUCUUGAUAUAAAAAUGCUAAAGAGUGCUAAUGAGCUGGUGAAACAACAUGACCUUACAGAAGAGUUCCCAGAUGUUAACUAUUUGUAUAAAGAGAGUAUACUGAAGAAGCUGGCUGAGAAAGGUUGCUGGGAUAUUGCAGAAGUUCGGGCCAAGAAGGAAACAAAAUUGCUGGAGUACCUGGUAUAUCUAGCUAUGGAAGCUGGGUACAUGGAGAAAGUCGAAGAACUUUGCCAACGAUACUCUCUUGAAGGCUAUGUCAAUUCUUUGGUUCCCGAGGAAAUUUGUUGCGGGUCUGAUUAUGUAGAUCUGAAAAAACUGAUUUUGGAAGAUAUUAUCUGGGUUGAUGAGAUCAAUGGACUGCUUAAUGCAAUAAGUUAUAUCGAAGAUUGUAAAAUUAUUGGUGUGGAUUGUGAAUGGAAGCCUAAUUUUGAGAAAGGCAGCAAACCUAAUAAGGUCUCUAUUAUCCAAAUUGCAUCAGACAAGAAAGCUUUCAUCUUUGAUCUGAUUAAGUUGUAUGAAGAUGACCCAAAAGUGUUGGAUAGCUGCUUCAGGCGAAUUAUGUGUUCUUCGAACAUACUAAAGCUGGGAUAUAACCUGCAAUGUGAUCUGCAUCAACUAUCACAAUCAUAUGGAGAAUUGAAAUGUUUCCAGUCCUAUGAAAUGCUGCUUGAUAUCCAGAAGCUCUUCAAAGGGGCUACUGGUGGUCUAUCUGGGUUGUCAAAGAAAAUACUAGGAGCUGGUUUGAACAAGACACGACGGAAUAGCAACUGGGAACAGCGCCCUCUUACCCAGAAUCAGAAAGAGUAUGCCGCUCUUGAUGCGGUGGUCCUCGUUCAUAUAUUCCAGCACGUCAAGGGGCAACCACAGUUUGGUGUCACCGAGGGAUGCAAAGUGGAAUGGAAGUCUCAUAUCGUUUCUCGGGUGAAGAACUCACGAAGUCCCCUACGCUUCUAGAAUUAGGGUUUUUUCCCGUCAAAGUUGACUAUGUGGAGGAGAGUACUCGUGGUACUUGACAGGUACAAGAACAUAUCUGCUAAGCGUUAGCCAGUAAGAAGCAAUCUGUUCAUAUCUUCCUCGCAUCUUAGAAGAUCUCAGCAGCUGUUGCUGUGACGUGUAAAUAUUAUUAUAUAUGCUUUAGAGUUCUUUGUCUUC